GACGGGUUGGACGGGUUGGACGAAAAGACGGGCAUUCAGGAAGCCAGGACGACGUCUCGUCGGUCUCGUCUCUUUGGCUGCUUGAGUUGCUUCGGUUGUGGCUUGUAGGAUGUACGUCGCCUCCUCUUCCUCCUCCUCCUGCUUGUCCUACUCUGUGAGCUCGCCUUGUUCAUCAUCUCCUCGUAGGUCCUCCUAGCUGGAAUUCUGUAGCUCUGUUACCUCGGUCUCCUGCUCGUCGUGGACAGGAUCAGCUUGGUGGUGAUGGCUCUGCUCUAAUGAGGGAAGGAAGCCUGAGUUUGGACAAGAUUUGGUUCUGGAUCUGCCUCAUGGAACUAGGCCUUGGAAGUGGAUCCUACCUCUGGUGAAUGUAUGGCCACGGGUUCCCUCAUCCUCCUGGAGCUCGAAUCUCGUGGUAGUGUGUAGGAUUUCAACCCAGGGUGUGGAAAUUAGCUCUGGAUGAGUGUAAAGUGAAUCUCCGUGUUUCUGGGUGUUCUUGCCACUAUGACUCCACUGUUGUAGCCCUUUGGGGCUUGGAACAAAUCGCAUUUUGAAGUCACGCCAGUUCUUUCCGAGGAACUUGUAAAUCUAAGACAAAACUUCAGACACAUCUUUAUAAUAUACAUACUCAAACCCUCAUACAUACCCACCCCGAUUCAAUCAAGUACUCCUUCAAGUCACACACAUACCCAUACACAUCACGCCCACCUACCCGCAGUCAGGUCAACAUGGCUCGUACUGGCUCCGUUCCGCCCGAUGUGAUCAACCUCAGACUCAUUUUGGUCUCGGGCAAGACCAGGGACUUUCAAUUCCGCCCAUCACAAUCCGCGGGAGAAAUAGCUCAAUACGUCUAUGACAAUUGGCCACAAGAUUGGACGCACGAGACCGUCAGCAGUGCUGAGAUACUUAGACUAAUCUAUCAGGGUCGAUUUCUUCACGGUAAUGUCACCCUCGGAGCUCUGGGGUUGCCCACGGGGAAAACCACAGUAAUGCAUCUGGUUCCAAGAGAGAGCCUGCCAGAACCAAAUUCUCAAGAUGAUGAGAAAAAGAAGAAAAGUCGGGCGAGUUCGUGCUGUUCGUGUUCCCUACAAUGAUAUAUUAGGAAAUGCUAGCGUAUGUUGUGAUUAUGUCAGAAUUAUGUAAUAAUUGUAAUGAUAGAUAACAUAUGGACAUACAAAAUAUAUAUUUAUCUGCUGAA